UCCACUUCCGUCUGUUUUCGCGGGAGCUUUUAACUUUUAAAUUGUAAAUCGUGUCCGAGAGAACGACUCAUGACUGAGAUGGACGACUUUCAGAUACGUAUUGAGGGCCUGGAAAGUGAUCUGCAGACAGCCGCUUCUAUAGGAAAGGCCCUGUUAGAAAAGAACAGCAAGUUAGAACAUGAGCUUGAGGAGACUCAUCGCCGUUACAGUGAAAGGCUGGAGGCAAAAGAUGAUGAAUGCUACAAGCUGCAAAGGAAACUAGACUGCAGUCUCCAGAUGGAGAAAUCCUUGGUAACUGAGCUAGAGUCACUCAAGCAAGAACUUUGCCGACAAAAGCAGAACGCUGAACAACAGGCACAAGCAGCGGCGACCAAACUAAGGAGCGCUCUUGAGGAGGUACAAGAACAGACAGCUUCAGCCAGAGAAUUAUCGAACAGUGUGGAACACCUCCAGCGGCAGGUAACCCUGCUCGAGGCAGCUGCCACCAUCCAACGUGAGCCACAGGAGGAUGCUCAGGAAGAGGACAACACAACAAGGGAUCAGUUGGCUCAAGUUGAGGCACAGCACAGUCACCUGCUAGACCUUCUUAGGAACACUUCUGAACAGCUACAGCAGGCCCAGGCUAAAGCAACCAACCUGGAAAACUGUUUGCUAGAGGAGCAGAAAUGCAAGACCAUCGCGCAAGAGGCUCUUGAAAGAGCUCAGCUGCUACAGAGCGAAACUGCAAGGGAGUGUAAGGAGCUCAAGGAAGCCCUAGAUGCUCUACAAACCUCACAGGGGAGCGGCUGCACGAGGGGAAAUUCCUUAUUUGGUGAGGUGGAAGAGCGCCGACUAGAGCUGCAAAAAGAACUGGACACCUUGCGCAGACGACACCGGUCUCUGCAGGAGCGUGUGGAUUUCCUCCGCAGUGACGCACAGCGGACGCGCUGCCAGAUGGCAACGCUUCUUGCACCAGCCACGGCUAGACGCCUGGAUGCAGCAUAUGUUGAACAUUUGCAGAGCUCCCUGCAGGAAGCGAAACAAGAUUUGGCUCGGAUGAGUGCAGCACUGAGCCAUCGGGCGGGGACGGACGAGCUGGAACGGGAGCGUGCUGCCCUCUAUGCGGCACGAGCAAGACAAAUUGAAAGGGAGCAAACCCUAGCCAGGAAGGCACGAGAGGCCACCCGCGAAGCGACUGCUCUGAGAGAUCAAUUGUUGCGCAUCCAGCUCACUUCCACACAUGAUGAUGUCCCGAGGGAGGCAAAGGAAAAGGUGAAACAAGAGACAGGUGAUUGCAAGCAGCAGUAGCACUUCAAGAAAAAUGCCUCGGAAGGUGUUUGAUGUCCUGGCAGGCCUAACACAUUUGGACAUCCUAAUAUCCUAUACUGAGAAAAAAUCUAGAUUACGCAAAUGCAGUCUGAGCAGUGCAUUUGAAAAGAUGCUGUUAUAUUGCACGCUCAGUGUGUUCUUGUUGCCAUCCGACAUGGCGGCAGUUUAAAGUAUUUCUAACCACGUUAUUUUUAUAUUUUGAUUUUUAAUACCAUUUACUAUAUGCAAAUAAAAAUAUAUAAUAAUGUUU